AAAGUCAGCGAAGGUGGUAUUUGUUGUAAAUUUGAAAGCGAUUUUGGAGAUGGAUGGAGAAGGACUGCAAUACGUGGUGGGUAGAGCACAAACGUUGGUUCGGAAGCCAAAGGGAGAAACAUGAAGCCAACCCCAUCUGACUAACAAACCAAACUCCCCCCCUCAUACUUUGGCUUUGCAUCUUUGUUUGCAACGCCAAUAAACUGCACCAAAACUUUGACACCUUCGCUCUCUUCCAUUUUUCCUCUCCUUUUUUCUUAUUUGUUGGAUGGUUUUAUCUGCUUCUUUGGUUUAUGAUCAAUUUCAGGCACAAACAAAAGGAAGACAUUUCUCUGUUCUUCAUGUUUCAGGGUUCUUGAUUUGUUCAUUUUGGCGCUUCUGAUCCUGUUAAGUUUCAAGUUUCAUUCAGUAAAAAGAGCCUGGGAAUUUUCUGGUACACUAGUUAAAUCCGCGCCUGCAUCCCAAUUUUUGUCUUAUUAAUUGGCAAUGGGGGCUGUAGUGGGAAAGGGGGAUUCCCCUAGACAGUUUUCAAUCCAUGAAACGAAGCUAGAGGCCAAAAUGGUUGAAGCUAUGAAGCGCAGAGCAGUUAAAGGAAGUGUUAUGAAAUCGUUUAACAGCCUCAUCUUGAAGUUUCGAAAGAUUGACGAAAGCUUAAGAAAGUGCAAGGCUAUUUUUGAGCAAUUUGAUGAGGAUUCAAAUGGCGCAAUCGAUCAAGAAGAGAUGAAAAAAUGUUUUUAUAAGCUGGAAGUCUCUUUUACAGAUGAGGAAAUCAGUGAUCUCUUUGUGGCAUGUGAUAUUAACGAGGACAUGGGUAUCAAGUUUAAUGAGUUCAUUGUUCUCAUUUGCCUAGUCUAUCUUCUCAAGGAUGACAGUAAUGACGUUCACACUAAAUUGCAUAUGGAAAUGCCAGAUCUGGAGGCGACAUUCGAAACAUUGAUAGACGCAUUUGUGUUCUUGGAUAAGAACAAGGAUGGUUAUGUCAGCAAGAGUGAAAUGGUCCAGGCCAUUAAUGAAACUACAACAGGAGAACGCUCCUCUGGCCGAAUAGCCAUGAAAAGAUUUGAAGAGAUGGACUGGGACAAAAAUGGAAUGGUGAACUUCAAGGAGUUUCUGUUUGCAUUUACCCGAUGGAUCGGAAUUGACGAUCUUGAGGACGAGGAUGAGGACUGAGCAGGAAGAGAAGGUUUGGUAGCUUUUAGCUUCUCCAUGCAGUUGGCUCUGCUUUACCAUGGCUGAUAUUAUAUAAUCAAGUCCUGGAAGUUCCAAAACAAGGUCUCAUUUGCUUUUCCAAUAAUGGGCCAAUUGACAUAGAGCAUGUAAAAUUUUGCAACGAGUCCUUCACUGAGAUCCCUAUGUACAUAGUUGGAAAUGUAGACUUGUUCUAAUUUCUCUUAUUAUCAGCAAUCUUUAUUUUACUU